AUGGGGCUACCAAGAAAGAGAAGCCAAGAUUUCCAGCUUUUGCAAGAUGGGGAAAUGGAAGAGGGCAUCCACAAGAUCCAG